UCUCUAAUCUUUUCGUAACAUGUUCUUAAAGAGGAACGUAACAAUGCUUUUCAUGUUUUUUCUUGGACUCUUAUUGUCCAUUGGACUGGAAUUUACAGCUGCACAAUCCCCGGAGCCAGGAAUAUGCUAUGGAGUGAACGGUAACAAUCUACCAUCAAAGAAAGAAACCAUUGAUAUAUUCAAAUCAAAUGGAAUCACUAGGAUACGUAUAUACUUUCCUGAUGCUGAAGUCUUGGAAGCCCUAAGAGGUUCAAACAUAGAGUUAACAGUAGAUGUUGCAAAGGAAUCUCUUCAAGCUAUUUCUUCAGAUCCUAAUGCAGCAAAGGGUUGGGUCAACACAAAUAUUGUACCCUAUUCACAAGACGUCAGAUUCAAAUACAUCACAGUUGGUAAUGAAAUUCACCCUGGUGACGUUGAAGCACAAUACAUUUUAUCUGGCAUGCAAAACAUUCAUGAUGCACUUGCAUCAUCCAAUUUAGGCCAAAUUAAAGUCUCCACUGCAAUUGAUUUAAGCCUACUUGGAAAUUCAUACCCACCUAGUGAUGGAGCUUUUAGUGAAGCUGCUACUGCUUACAUGCAACAAAUUGUUAAUUUCUUAGUCCCAAAUGGGUCACCACUUCUUGCUAAUAUAUAUCCCUAUUUUGCUUAUGCUGGUGAUCAAGUAAAUAUACAAUUAGAAUAUGCUCUUUUUACUCAACAAGGUAACAAUGCAGUUGGGUACCAGAAUUUGUUUGAUGCUAUGCUGGAUUCAACGUAUGCUGCUUUGGAGAAAAUAGGUGCAAAUAAUUUGCAAAUUGUUGUGUCUGAGAGUGGCUGGCCAAGUUCUGGUGGAGUUGGAGCUUCAAUUCAAAAUGGAGGUGCUUACUAUCAAAAUUUGAUUAAUCAUGUUAAGAGUGGGACUGGGACCCCAAAGAGACCCAAUCAACCUAUAGAGACUUAUUUGUUUGCUAUGUACGAUGAGAAUCUGAAGCCAGGUGCAGAAACUGAGAGGCAUUUUGGGCUUUUACAUGCUGAUAAAUCACGCAAAUACGAACUUCGUUUUCACGGGAACUAAUUAUUAUAUAUCAGGUCUUCAUCAUAUGUGUAUAUAUUAGGAAAUAAAUGUUUAGAUGAUCCUAGCAAUCUAAGCAAAAAGGGAGAAUAUUAUGAGUUGUCUCUAUGUAAUAUACAAAUAUGUAUCAGUUUCAAUCAAUAAAAGAUAGUGUUUAUGUUUGUAAUAAUUUAUUAUGUUAUUUUUAUGAUGCUUUUUUUUUCUUAAUAUUUAGUUUGCUAUCUUCCACAUCCAUCACUUAAAAUUUGACACUAAUAAUACGAUACCACCUACGUAUUUUCUCAAAUAAACUGCUUCAUUUUUAUUUAUAUUCUUUUGAAGACAACAAACAUUUAUUAUCAUUGUAUUUGUUAUAGUUGCAUAAUUAUUAAUUACUUAAUUGGGAUCCGGUUUUAUCAUUAAAAAGAUGAGGAGCCAUUUAUGCGUUUUGGGCCUCCAAUUAGGCCCAAUAAAUACAGCUGGCUUUAUGAGCAGCCCAAAUAGCUUGAGACCCAAAAAAGUGAAAAACAUUUUCGGGCAUAAGUUAAGAGUUCCUUUUCACAUCUCACUCUGUUCUUCCUCUGUCUAUAAGAAUUUAGUCUGUUUUCCUUUUUUUUUUUUGUCUUUUUCUAAACCUAAAUUAUUUUCUUGUGUAUGAUAUUGGUCAUAUUUAUCUCAAAUUUAAAUAAAUAAUUACCACCGUGUGUCUUUUUACUCAUCUAUAUCGAAUAUAUUCCAUAUUUCAAUUAGAAUAAUGCUUCCAAAUUAAAGGGGGGAUAACAUUGACACCCCUAUUUUAUCAUACAAGAAACUGUAAGAAGCAGCAUAUGUUAAACUUCAAUUAGACACAUAUAUAUAUUCAUAACUUUAUUUUUAAUACUGUAAAGUAGUUGGUUCAUGUUAAUAUAUUACUAACUGAUUUUCAUGGGUGGCAUAUAAUAUUAUAGUUAAUUUGGUUCCUUUGAUGAUUUCUGAGCUAAAAUUGCAUUGUACUCAUCUCUGAGAGUAUUAUAUUUCUUGCUUAAUGCAUUGAAACUUCCCAUUUUCUCCUCUGUUAGCUCCCUCCUCUUCUUUUCCAAUCGAUUCUUUGUCAUUUCAAUUUGUCUCUUCAGUUCU